UUGUAUGCAAUUACGAUCUUACAACUCAAUAUUCAUUGCUGUCACCCACUUCUCCAUCUCAGUUCCACUUCAUCACCCAAAGGUACGGUAGUCACAGGUCGUCCUUCACGAAGUAUUUGCAUCUCGAUCUUUGAGGACGUCACUUCGUUUGUUCCACUGUUUGUAGACGAGGAAACAUUUGCAUUUCGUCCAAGAUGGUCAACGAAGUUGCAUGUCACAUUGAAGACACGAUCCACAGAUGUGACUAACGAAGGAGCAUUGAUUUCGUUUUUUUGUAUGACGACUGAGAAUGACCACAAUGACGGAGCCUCAUAA